AUGACAAGCUGUUAUGAGUGUGGCGAGAUCGGACACAUCAAGAAAUAUUGUCCAAGGAACAACGGAGCUCCAAUGGCCCAACCAAACCAAAGAGGUCCCCAACAGCCUAACCAGAACAAGGGAGGUCCACAACGGCCCAACCAAAACCCUAGAGGGAACCCAAGGGCACCGCAAGCACCAAGGACCUACGCUAUGGACCAGCAAGAGGCAGCUGGAACCUAUGGGAACCUAGCAGGUAUGAUCACCAUAGCCGGAGAAAGCAUUUUGGCGUUAUUUGAUACUGGUGCCUCGCAUUCUUUUAUUUCCAAUGUUGUGUGUGAUGCACUAGAUAUUGUGCCUGCUAGGGCGGAUAAAGAACUAGAAGUACUCGCAACGAUGAGAACAAGGGAAGUUUGCUUGAAUUUAGAACUAAACCUAGAAGGACAUAACUUCCUAACUAGUCCCAGAGUACUCUUUGUGAUCGACUUCGACCUUAUCCUGGGAAUGGAUUAG